AUUAGUAAUCAGAAGAUGAAGGAAGGAGUUGCAGGGGAGGAAGAAGUGGUGCUGAGAAGGCGAUCUGAUAAACUUUCAGGUUGCCAUGCAAAAGAAGGAGGAGGAGGAGGAGGAGGAGGAGGAGGAGGAGGAGGAGAAGAAGAAGAAGAAGAAGAAGAAGAAGAAGAAGAAGAAGAAGAAGGGAAUAAGGGCAUUUCUGUCUUAUCUUGA